AUGUUGAUUCAGGUCUUUGUCGUCCUUUUUCUCUGCAUUAACCUUCUGCUAAUUACAACCUUUUUCUCCAAAGAUGUUUUCUACACCACAAUGCGCUACAUCUUAUUUGCUGUCACGCUAAUGUCCGACUCUGCUGUGCUUCAAAUCAAUCUCAUGUUAUUUCUCAAUGUCAGGUACUUUACGAUACAAAUGUGGUUCUGCCUUAUUUUGUAUAUCAUUUCGUCUCUGUGCAUGGUUGUGACACCGGUCACUCUGACGGCGAUGACCCUGGAGCGCUACGUGGCCAUUUGCCUGCCGCUGCGUCACGCAGAGCUGUGCUCCCCACGCAGCACUCUGCACGGCAUUCUCAUCAUCUACAGCCUCAGUUCUCUGCCCUGCAUCUCUUUUCUCUCCAUAUUCUUAGCAUCAUCCUCCUCUGCCUCCUACACCCAGAGCGGAACGUGCGCUGGGGAAACCUUCAUCAUCUACACGUGGCAGGGUCCCCUAAUGUCAGCCAUUAAUCAGUUUUACUUCCUGAUCAUGUGCAUCACAGUCGUGUUUUCCUAUGUGAAGAUAAUGAGACUGGCCAAAGCUGCAUCAGGAGAGGACAAAAAGUCCACAUGGAGAGGACUCAGAACUGUGGGGCUACACGCUUUCCAGCAGCUCCUGUGUCUCAUCCAGCUGUGGGGUCCUUUCAUAGAAGCUGCUGUGUUUAAAAUCAAUGUCUUGUUAUCUAUCAAGGUCAGGUUCUUUAAUUACAUUACUUUCAUUCUUGCUCCAAGGUGUCUGUCUCCUCUCAUUUAUGGCCUCAGGGAUGAAAUGUUUUUCAUGCCCUGA